GUCAGAUAGACAAUUGUGCUAUCAACAAAUACACUUUUGGCUCAGCGGUUUGUAUCUGUCAGAAGCCUACCUCUAACCUAACCUAAUUUAUUCAUUCAACUACUUGAUCCUAUCGUCAACCCGUUAGAUACCUGGUAUUUUCACCUGGAUCAUGUCAGUUAACGCUACAACUCUAGAUACAACUCUAGAUACAAUACGCUUCUGCAACUUAUGCAACAAGCCGAUAUCUACAGAAUCUGCUUACAAGCGUCACGUUGCCUAUUGCCGCAGAACUCAGGAUCGCCCCAAGAAGCGACGUCGCUCUUGUAGGGAAUGCCACUCUGCAAAAGCAAAAUGUAGUUUCGAGACCGAGUGCGCGCGAUGCAAAGCUAGAGGUCUAGAUUGUGUCUACGAGGCACCUCACACUCCUUCUGGUGUCGUUAGCACUAACACAAGCAGCUGGUGCCAUAGUGUAUCUGGCUCAUCCGGUGAUUACAGCAAUGUGCCAUACAAUUCGCUCACAUACCCUUUUGGCUCAUCCACGAGCCUUGAGUUGCCUGCCACAUCGCCUCGGUCCUUAACCGAGCUUCGCGCUGACCCCAUUGCUAGACAUAGUGCCAAAUUCAUCUUAGAGACCAUGCGAGGGCUACCCCUUACGAUGCUCGAUAGAGAGAGCUUCUCGUGGUAUUGUCACGGCUACUGGUUUCUGCCGGAGCUCCCUCGUGAUAUUGCGAAAUGCUCAGCCAUAGCAAACUUAUACAACAAGCGCCAAGGUUCCGAGAAAGAAUCCGUAUGGUCUAUGAUAGAUGAGGAAAAUCGAGAGCUUCUCCGCAUUCUACCGUCAUGCCCGUUCAAUGAUCUCGCUACGUCGAUGCGCGCGCAGAUUAUAUACAUGCUCAUGUAUGCUUUAGAUAAUAAUGUCUCAUCGGAAGUUCCUGAAAUUCGUCUGCAGAUGCUUAUGACGUUUAACUUUUAUGGGCAAAGGGCCAGUGGGUUUGAUGCGAUGGUAUGGUUCCCUGUCAGCGACCUCGACAACCCGGAUGUGGCAUGGGAAGACUGGGUUUAUAUCGAGUCACGUCGAAGGUGUGCUCUCACUUGGUUCCUCUUGAGUCGUGUAAUAGAUCUUAAAUUUGGCGUCAUGUGUCCCACCAUUAGCAAUUACCGUGCACUCCCGCUUCCUUGCUCCCAGUCACUCUGGAGUGCUAAGACACGGUCUGAGUGGGAAAACGCUCGCAUAUCCCAUCUUAAGCAGUAUAAGUCCUCUUUACGGACCUUUGGAGAUCUAAUAGACGCUCGGUUGAGUCCCGAUAACUCAGAACGCGGCCGGGACCUGAAUAGAUGGUACGCCAACUGCGACAAGCUGGGACUUCUUCUCGCACUGGCCACCACUAUGGUAUAA